AUGGCUUCUCCGGGUGCCUCUUCGAGUCCUUUGAGUAUCCUGGCUCCCAAAACGAAGACAAAGAAGAAACAUUUUGUACAGCAGAAAGUGGAGGUGUUCCGAGCCAGUGACCCUGUUCUAAGCGUCCUUAUGUGGGGAGUCAAUCACUCGAUUAAUGACCUGGUCCAGGUGCCUGUCCCCGUCAUGCUGCUUCCUGAUGACUUCAAAGCCAAUACCAAGAUCAAAGUCAACAACCAUCUCUUCAACAAAGAGAAUCUUCCAGGACAUUUCAAGUUCAAAGAGUAUUGUCCACAGGUGUUCCGCAAUCUCCGAGAGCGCUUUGGAAUCGAGGAUCUGGAUUAUCAGGCUUCUCUGGCACGCAGCCCUCCAGUGAAGGACGGGGAUGGUCACGGAGUGGGGCUGCUGCUGACAUCAUAUGAUCGCACCCUGAAACUCAAACAGAUCUCCAGUGAGGAAGUGGAGGACAUGCACAACAUCCUGUCUGAAUAUCACCAGCACAUAGUGACGUGUCACGGCAGCACACUGCUGCCUCAGUUUCUGGCCAUGUACCGGUUGACUGUGGAGAGUGAGGACACCUACCUCAUCGUUAUGAGGAACAUGUUCAGCCACAGGCUCAACGUUCACAGGAAGUACGACCUUAAGGGGUCUCUGGUGUCCCGUGAAGCGAGUUUAAAGGAAAAGGAGAAAGAGUUGCCCACGUACAAAGAUGUGGACUUCAGGAAUAACAUGCAGAAGGUUUAUGUGAGUGAGGAGGAGAAGGAGAGGAUCAUGGACAAGCUCAACAGAGACGUGGAGUUCCUGGUGCAUCUGAGGAUCAUGGACUACAGCCUGCUGCUGGGGAUCCACGAUGUGGGCCGGGCGGAGGAGGAGGAGAUGGAGGAGGAGUCGAAUGAUGAUUAUGAUGCGGAGGACGAGGAGGAGGAGGAGAACAGCCUGACUCCUGCUCCUGCUGUGGGCUCCUAUGCCACCUCCCCUGAGGGCAUCGCUGGCUACAUGAACUCCUUUAAACCCCUGGGGCCCGGGGAGUUUGACCCUUAUGUAGACGUCUACGCCAUUCAGAGUGCUGUGGGUGCACCCCAGAGGGAGGUGUACUUCAUGGGUCUGAUUGACGUCCUGACUCACUAUGACACCAAGAAGAAAGCCGCUCAUGCUGCCAAGACCGUCAAACACGGGUCUGGAGCAGAAAUCUCCACCGUUCACCCUGAGCAGUACGCCAAGAGGUUCCGUGAGUUCAUUGCUAAGAUCUUUGCCUAG